AUGACAGCUGGGCAAGAGCGAGCUGGUGCAGUAGUCGAAAACGCUGGGAGCAGCAGUCACGAGUCGUUGCUACACACGUCGACGUCGAACCCACCUUUGCUCGCACCGUAUCCAGCACCACCAUCCUACGUCGCGAACCAGGACGUCUGCACGAUAUCCAUGGAUACGAUGCAAUCCACUCCGCACAAUUUCGCAUCGGAUCGCUACCCAACUUCUUGCGAGAGCAUCGAGACAAGAUCAAGUCUAAGCAAAAGCGUCGGUAAACGACUUCACUUUUUGCUCGUGUUUUCGGCGCUGUGCGUAUCGUCGUUUCUGAGCGCGCUAGAUCUGACCACGGUCUCGACGGCGUUGCCAACCAUUGUUGCCGAUCUGCAAGACGACGCAAUCCAUUUUAGAAACCAUCAUCACGUUGCACCCAGACCACCAACUGCUAAUAAUGGAGCCACUUCCGGUGCUGCAGGCACCUACAUCUGGAUCGGUGCAGCGUAUACAAUUGCCGGCAUGGCCAUUCUACCUCUCACUGGUGGAUUGUGCGAGAUCUGGGGCAGAAAAGCUAUUCUGCUCACCUCGCUCUUCUUCUUUCUCUUUGGUAGUGUCGUCUGCGGCGCCAGUAAUUCGCUCGACAUGAUGAUCGCCGGUCGUGUACUACAGGGCAUUGGUGACGGUGGUAUUAUCAGCCUCGCCGAGAUCGUCGUGGCGGAUCUGGUGCCGUUGGCGCAGAGAGGUACCUAUGAGGGCAUCCUCGGUGUUGUUUGGGCAGGCGCAAGUGCCAUCGGUCCACCCAUUGGCGGCGUCUUUUCUCGCAAGAAUCGAUGGAGGUGGUUGUUCUGGUUAAACAUACCCAUCACCGUGAUCGCGAUUAUCAUGAUCGGCGUAUUCAUGAACAUGAAGACACCCAAGUCCGACGUCAAGUCCAAGUUGAAACGCAUGGAUUGGUCCGGUAACGCUCUCUUGAUCGGCGCUACCGUUGCGCUCGGUUUGGCAUUGACGUGGGGCGGUGCCAAAUAUGCGUGGUCGAGCGCUACGGUGUUGGUGCCUUUGGUGCUAUCCAUCCUCCUGUUUGGCGCAUUUUUCUACGUGGAGCUCUUUCGUCUGCAAAACCCGACUGUACCAAGGGCGUUGCUGUCGAACCGUACUGCGCUCAGCGCACACAUCACCAGCUUUGCACACGGCGUCGUCACAAUGGCCAUCAUCUAUGUCAUCCCUACGUACUUCCAAGCGGUCAAACUUUCGUCGACUAUCAUGUCUGGUUGGAUGGUAUUGCCGUUCAGCUGCACCGUCGCUUUGAGCGCGAUCGGAUUUGCGAUCAGCAUCGAAGUGUCACAACGCUACGUACCGCAAAACCAUCUUGGCUGGUUCUUGACUGUGCUCGGUGUACCGUUGCUCUUGCUACUACGCGUCGAGACGGGUGCAGCGACGUGGAUUCUGGUUCAGUUUCCGAUCGCCAUCGGUUGUGGCAUUCUGUUUGUGGCACCCCAAUUCCCCGUGCUUGCAUCCGUCGCUGUCGAGAUGGCGUCUAAAGCGCUAGCGCUGCAACUCUUCUUUGCAUCGUUUGGUCAAACUCUCGGAAUCAUGCUGGCCGAAGCGGUCUUUCAAUCUUCGGUACACAACGCCAUCAAGUCAUCGACGAUUCAAGCACUAGUCGCCAAUGGUUCACUUCCGUUCAACAUUCAAGAUAUCGCAUCACCCUACUCGAUGCAUUUUGGUGCACUUCGUCAUUUGACUCCUGACGCCAGCUUCGCUGUGCGUAGCGUGUAUAGCCUUGCGUUGAGACAUGUAUGGCUACUCCUCAUUCCAUUUGCUGCCGUAGGAUGGGGUGCAUGCUUCUUGAUGGCCGAGGUCCAGAUGCAUGAUCACGUGGACCAACGCUUCGCUCCCGUUGACGCCCGGCGUGCUGCUCAUGAUUCAGAAAAGGGUCUCAAUGACAACUUGCAAGAUCCCCGAACCGCAGUGAUCCACGACCCAUCCCUGCCGUCCGCAACACUAUCUUCGCAUCCUCACCAACAGUGCCAGUCAGCUUGCACGCGCCAGACCCAGCAAGACAUCCGCAUCGUCCAACCUCGGCCCAUCCAGCUUGACCUACUCGACACUUGCAACCAUACCGCCCCGCAUUGA